AUGACUACCUCUGAUUUUUAUAAUAAUUUAAUAAUUUCAUCUAUAUUUUCUUUUAAAACUAACAAACAACCAACAAGAUCAAAAACUCAACGUCAUAGGUUCCUCGAUGGUCUCGCUUUAUUACUUAAUGGUUUAAAUAAAUGUACAUCAAAUCUUAUAUUUGAAUAUAAUAAGAAUAAAUGUAUUAAAUGUAUAACUGAUGAUUUAUUUAAUGAUGUUGUUUCAAAUCUUAAAAAAUUAUCAAAUGCUAAUGUUGAUAAUUUAUGUCAAAAAAUUACUUAUGGCAAAUUAAAAAAAGGUUCACCCGAUUAUUGUUAUUUAAAAGAGAAAAAUAUUCUUUUAAAAGAAUAUAUUUUAAAAUUAUUCAGUUGGAUCGAUUAUAUUACUUCAAAUCGACAUGCUAUCAAAAACAAUGAAAACAAUGUUGAACUAAAAAUUAUUUUGAAAUUUCAAGUAAUUGGUGAAUUAUUAUAUAAUUCUGAAAUAUUUCGUUCUAUACUAUCAAAAGUAUAUUCAAUUGGUAAUGGUGUUGAACGUAUUCUAUAUUAUUUAGAUACAGUAUCGGCACAUCAUCGAUCAUUCAAUUUAAUAGUAAAAACUUUAGAAAAACGUAAAUCUGAAUAUGGAAAUGAAGUUUUUAGACAUGAAAGAUCUAAACAAUUAUUCAGCAUCACUAAUCGACUUGGACAUACACCAAGUUACAACACAAUAGUUCGUCUUCACAAUGAUGUAGCAUGUACUGCUAGAACAAAAGCUGAUACAUUUGCUAUUCUUGAAUCAAAUCAAAAGAACUUGAUAUAUUCACAUGAUUUCACGAUUAAAGAAGCUGAUAAUUUCGAUAUGAAUCCUGAUACAUUAUACGGCAAUAAUAGUAUUCAUAUUCUGAAUCGAAUAAUUGUAUCAACACCUGAGAAUGAUGAAAUUCCAUUUAUAGUAGCAAAUGUACUUCAUGAUGCAUUGAAUCAAGUCAGCAAAUUAGAUAAUCUUUUUGAAAUUAAAUUAGUGAUAGUCAUGAAUGGUGAAUCUGAAGAUUCGAUAAUGUGCACAAAUAUUGCACUUGAUCAAUUCAUUGAAUGCACAAUUAAUAAGCAUGGAAAGGGUAAAGGUGGCAUAAAUGGUCGAUUUGAUGAAGAAGCAAUAAAUAACUGGACGAAUUCUUUCGCAUUUCAUGCUCUUGCUGCAUCAACUCUGCAUGAAAUUUAUAGUAUUGAAACUGAUAAUAACUUCAUGGAUGCUCAUGUUGAGUGUUCGCCAAAUCGGCAAUUACUAGAUGAUAAUGAUUUAUCCAUCAUCAUUAAAAAACUUCGUCCGGAAAAUCUUUUCACCAUGGCUCAUGUUGAAUGUGGGCGAAUACAGUCUGAUCUUGUGAUUCAUGAUGACAUUAUUUCAAACAUUACAUCUUUACAUGAAUUUGGUGAACAAGCUUUGUCAUUAUUUAUUCAUGAACGAAUUAUCCAACAGCAGGUUCCUGUAGAUGCUUUACUGAAGACAAUAACAUUUUUAAAACUUUCGCAAGCUGAUUCUUACGUGUCUAUUAGUUCUCAUAGGAAUAAGAGUUCAUCUUCAGUUGCUUCAAAUAUUGAGGAUUAUAAUACUUUGGUGAAGUUCGCCGAUGAGGAAAUUCGUCGAACAAUAAUUAUAGUUGAACAAAGACAACUUAGACCAAUGUCAGAUUUUUUUGCUCAUGAAUAUUCACUGGUAGCUUUAUCUCUCUGUGAUAACAGUAAUGUUUAUUUAUUAAGUCAACAAAAUAAAGCAAAAUUAAUUGAUUUCUUGUAUAAAAUAUGCCCAUCAUCUUUCUACUCAUCAUGUCCAGUUUCAACUGCUGCAAGUGCUGUUGUUAUUGAUGGUGGAAGUCUUUUAGAAACAAAACCUGAAUCUCAUUUUCAAACAAUACGAGAAUAUGCCAUUUAA